GGAGCCAAAACAAGCGCCGCCGGAGGAGGGGCGGCAUGGCCGAGGCGGUGAGGCCCCGCAGCCGGGCCAGGAGCAGCCGGGCCAGGGCCAAGGAGAAAAAGAAAAAAUGUGAAGAGGAGGAGAAAGCAGAGCCUGAAGCCUUUCUUCGCAGCGCAGCUCGAAAUGAGAAAGGAUCUUCUCAAUCCACCGAUGCCCAGGAGGAAUGCCCUGCGGAGGCCAGGCUCAAGAAUGAAACUAAUGAGAGAGAAAAUGUGAAUGAGGCAUAUAAUGUUCCUCUGAGUUCGUCAGCCCCGGAAAAUGAAGGAUCCCCAGGUAAUACUCAGACACAGCUUCCACUGCCGGCGGAAGAAUGCGGAGUAAAGACUUUGCAGAAGGAGGCUGUUGCAGAGAGAUCGACCAGUUCGCAGUAUUCUCCCGAAGCAUCCCUUGGGGGAACAGCAACUUGUGGCCUAACAGAAAGCAGUAUUCCUUGUGCGCCUUUACCAGUUGCAGCUGCGCAGGACCAAGAGACAGAGAACGCACAAAAUCCUAUAGUUAAAGAUCCUGUUGUCUGUUCAUCAGAGGAAACUCUCGUCUCUGUCUCGGCCCGUAACAAGGACAUCAAAGAAAGUGUCGGGGCCUCUAGUUUCAAGGGGCUAUAUCCUGAUCUAGCAUUAGAGUUAUCCCGAGAGAGACUGCCGGUGCUUUCCCUCAAACCGCACCUCCCUAAAGAGAGGCUGUAUCCGGUGAUUCCAGCGGAACCAGAGCUGGUGCCUUUUACUAAAGAGCAACUGAAGAUCUUUGAGCCGUAUUCCUGGCUGGAGAAUGUCGAUGGCUACGUGGAGGAGUUUGAGAGCGUCGCGCACCAAGACAGGCAUGAGUUCUACGAGCUGCUACUGAACUACUGGCGCUGCCGGAAGCAGCUGCUGCUGGCAGAGGCAAAACUACAGACCCUGUCCUCAGAUUGCCAAAGCGUCAAAGAUCGUCUGUGGACUUUUAAGGACGAGCAGCAGUCUGUCCAGGGUGUCUGCGCCGACCUGUGCAAAGUUUCUGGCCACCAUCUUUACCAGACCGUCGAAUCGAACGCAGGUGCCUUGGGGGAGCUGAAGCGGCUGUUUGAAGAUCAAGUGGAGCACGUUCAUCAGACGCUCGCCCUGCACCUCUACACCUCUGUGCUGUCCCGCCUGCAAGUGGAGUCUUACAUCUAUGGGUUGCUCAGCUGCUCUUCUCUGCUGAGAUCUGUGGGAAUACAGCAGCAGGAGCCAGCUCUGAAGCAGAUAGAAAACAUUUCCACAGACUUGGGUCCCUUGAAAGAAUCCAUCAGCGUUCUCUUUGGUUUUACCCGUAGAGUUGUGGAAGACCCUCAGUUCCAAAGUGACAUUCUCUCGUGGCUCCGGAGGCUGGUUUCAGUCUUGCAAAGGGUUGGCUCUCCCGGAGACCAUCUCUUCCUCUUCAACCACAUCCUUCGAUGCCCUGCGGGUGUCAGCAAAUGGGCAGUUCCCUUCAUUCAGAUUCGGGUUCUGAGAAACCCAUCGGGAGUCUUUCAUUUUAUGCAGUCCCUUGCAUUGCUGAUGUCUCCUGCCAAAGGUCGAACAGAGUUUAUGUGCCAUAUGAAGCCGACUGAACGGCAGAACUCCUCGUCAUCUGGGCCAGAAUCUGGGAAUUGGACUUUGGUUGAUGAAGGUGGAGAAGAGGAUGAAGACCCUGAUACGAGCUGGGUUCUUCUUCUUGAAGAUGACUUGGUUGCAAUUCUGUCUCAGUUCCCCUUUCAUGAACUCUUCCAGCAUGUGCUCGGAUUUGACAGCAAAGGUGUUUAUGCUCCUGAAAAAACAACGCCACAAGAGAUGAUGAAGAUCUUUGCGAUUGCUAAUUCAUUAGUGGAGCUUCUCGCUGUGGGGCUGGAUACGUUUAACCGGGCGCGAUACAGGCAGUUUGUGAAACGAAUCGGCCGCCUCAUCAGGAUGACUCUCUGCUACGUUAGCGAUCAUUGGGCCCAGUACGUCAGCCGUGCCAAGAACUCUGGCUCUGCAGCGCCCCCUUACUCUCUCGAGAAGCUGCAGGUGGAAUUUGACGAACUCUUUCUGAGGGCUGUCCUCCAUGUGCUGAAGGCAAAAAGGCUGGGAGUAUGGCUCUUCAUGUCAGAGAUGCCAUAUGGAACCCUGUCCAGCAAUAUGCUCUGGAAACUAUUCUCCAUAAUGCACUGUGCGGAAAGCGAGAACCUGGAGAAGACGUGUGCCACCAUGCAGCUUGCUGACUGCAAACGCGAGCUCAAAGACCCCGCCCACCUUGAGAAGUUUGCGAAGUACCUGCAGUCGAUGAACGGCUCGGAGGAAAUUUGCCUGCUGACGACAUUUGCCCAGAUGGCACAGACCAAACGAGAUGACGCGGAUGAAGAUUUCAUCCGCGUCAUCGUGCUCGAGAUCUACGAGGUGUCCUAUGUCAGCCUUUCCACAAGAGAGACGUUUUCGAAGGUGGGCCGGGAGCUCCUGAGCGCCAUCACAACUGUCCACACCAGCAUGAUUUCUGUUCUGCUGGAUCGAGUCCGAGAGACCAUUGAGAGAGUUGGCAUGGUUUCCCUUUAUUUAUUUAAAGAACUCCCAAUGCAUCUCUGGAAACCGUCUCCUUCGGAAGUGUCUCUGAUCCGAAGCUGGCUGCUGGAUUACAACUUGACUGCUGUCGAGAACAAGCUAGCCUGUGUUAUCCUGGAAGGGCUGAACUGGGGACCUGGCGAGCACGGUUAUCUCCACCUUGAUCCAGCUGUCCAUGCAGAAGUUGCGCUAACAGUCUUAGAAGCUUACCAAAAGUAUCUCCCCCAGAAACCGUACAGCGGACUCAUCUCUGAAAGCAUCAAGCAGGUCUCCUAUCUGGCCAGCGUUGUUCGAUAUGGAGAGACGCCUGAAACCUCCUUUAACCAAUGGGCAUGGGGGCUGGUGCUGAGGUUAAAGUUGCACACAAACGAUCACGGCAUGCAGCAAGGCUGGCCUUCAGUUCCUGUCUCCAGGACGGUGCCUGAGCUGGCAGAAUCACCCAUGCUGCACCCUCUGUUGAAGGCUGUCAGGGCUGGCCUCCCCAUUGGCUGUUAUCUGGCGCUUGCCAUGACAAUGGUGGGACACAGCAUUGAAAAGUUCUGUGCUGAAGGGAUUCCUCUCUUGGGCAUUCUGGUGCAGUCGCGGCAUCUGAGAACCGUCGUUCACGUGCUAGAUAAAAUCUUGCCGCUGUUCUAUCCCUGCCAGUUUUACCUGCUGAAGAAUGAACAAUUUCUGUCCUACCUUCACCUGUUCCUUCAGCUGGAUAGUGGCGUUCCCCAAGGGAUGACUCAGCAGGUCACGCGAACGGUGACGCAGCACUUGACGGGGACGAGUUAUGGCGAAAACGUUAAGCUGCUCAACAGCAUGAUCCAGAGUCAUGUCUUUAUAAGCAGCCAUCCCAACGGAGUGGGGCCAGCCACUGUGCUGGAGUUCUGGGUCCAGGCCCUCAUCAGCCAACCCGCCUGGCACAAGGAGAGAGCCACGCUGUGCCUGAUGGAUCAUUUGUGCCAAGCAGCUUUUCAGUUUAACCAAGAGGACUGUGUUCAGAAGCUGCUGUAUCAGCAGCACAAGAAUGCCUUGGGCUACCACUCUGAUAAGGGACUGCUGUCUUCCUUAGUCAGCUGGAUUGUGGCAGGCAACGUGACGCCGUCUUUCAUCGAGGGAAAUGCCAACUCCACGCAGGUUUGGUUUGCGUGGACCGUUCUGAACAUGGAGUCCAUAUUUGAAGAGGAUUCCCAGCUUCGCCGAGUGGUGGAGAAGGAGUUAGUCAUCAGCUCUUUGACUCCCGAUCACGCUCUGAAGAAAGCUCAGGCCCAGCUCAAGCUGCCCGUCGUGCCUUCUCUUCAGCGGCUCUUGAUUUAUCGCUGGGCUCAGCAGGCCCUGGCUGCUCCGGAAGACCACCCCCUCCUUCCGCUCAUCUGGCAGAAAUUUUUCCUCCUCUACCUUCAUCGUCCAGGGCCACAGUAUGGGCUACCUGUAGAUGGCUGUAUCGGGAAAAGGUUUUUCCAAAGUCCUGCUCACCUUAGCCUAUUAAACGACCUCAAACAGCGAUUGAUAGAAGCAGCGGACUUUCACCAUGCUGCUAGCAAAGCUCUCCGGCCAAAGAGCCCAGCGGAUGGCAGUGAAAGUGCAACAGAGAAAGGAGGCAGGAAGCCGGACUACUUAACCUCCCCUGAGCUGCACAAGGAGCUUGUCAGGCUUUUCAAUGUGUGUGUUUUGUGGCUGGAUGAAGAGAGCUUUCAGAAAGGGGACACGUAUAUCCCCUCCUUGCCAAAGCAGUACGAUGCCCACAGACUUGCCAAAAUCAUGCAGAACCAGCAGGAUUUAUGGAUAGAAUUUGUCGACAUCGAACGCAUACAGCACGAGUUCGAGGAAGUGAUAAACUUCUGGCUUCAAGUCAGGGUAGAAUCGCACGUGGCCCCGAGCACCUUGUCGGCACAAAUAGACUUCACUAACCCGUUGUCGGCCAAAGAGCGAAUUAUCAGCAGUUUGCAGAAGUACGACAUGCCCCAACCCUCUCUUCCCCUCCAGCCAAUGAAAGCCCCUGUGCCCGCUGUUUCUCCUUCCAGUUUAGUGAAUCCAAAUGAAGCCAAAGAGCUGGUUCGGUCCAACCUCAGCGUCUUGCAGCACCAUGCCAAAACUGCAGCGAUCCGAGAAUCCCAACAAGUUGCUUUUAACAGUGAGAUUUUGGACACUUUGCCAAAGCUUUACACCAACAGAGAAGAACAAGCGGUCCUUCAUCUGGAGUGUCGGGGCAGUUCUGGGAAACCUUGUCAAGGAGCAGCGAAUGUGACAAUUAAGUUUGAAGGGAAGUAUAAAAAUGAAGCCAUAAGCCAGCAGCUUCAUGCCCUGAAGAAAGAAGCCAAGCUCCUGCAAGCCGAAGCCACGAAGCCCCCUCCUCUGGGUGUCGUGGAAGCUGCAGUGCACAUGGAGAACUUCAUAACAGCUUUAAUCAAUCUCUAUAAGCUCCAGCCCGUGCCAGGGAUCCGCAGAGUUGGGAUCAGUCUGUUCUUUGCAAUGGUGGGAUUUGUUAGCGAUGAGACGCAGCGCCAUCCACCGGCAAGGCAGUUCUUCACCUCGUGCAUUGAGAUCCUCGGCCAAGUGUUCGUGGCCGGUACCCGAUCGGAGUGCGGGCCCCUCUUGCAGACCAUACUGAGAAACCGGAGGCUGUGCACUCUCCUGUCGCCUUACUUCACUCCCAUCGCCUCCCCAGAGGAGUUCGUGGACCUUUAUGAGCAAGUGGUCUCUUUCCUCAGCGACGACAACAGCGACAUCAUUUUUAUGCUACUCACCAAGUUUGAUCUCCCACAGUGGUUGCACAGUUCAAAACCCUCUCUGUCGGAGCGCACCAGACUUCUGGAGUCCAUCCACUUGGCUCUCAAGACCUGUGGCUUUGAACUCGAAGAAAACAUUUUGAUGCCUUAUAAUAUUUUCUGCAAGCACUGGGCCUGCCUCCUUCGGUACCAGUUCCCUGACCACUAUAGCAGCUUCCUCAGGCUGCUGAUGCAAAGUUCCUCGGAUCAGCUUCUGCACCCUGACUGUUGGAAGACUUCCCUUAAAGCUUUGGGCUGCUCCUGCGCGACGGCUAAGAAAGAGACUGGGGAAGAGGAGACUGCAGAGAGCGCCGCGUCGCAAUCUUCUGCAGAGACGCUUCUCUCGACAGAACAGGUUCUGGAGACCAUAGAAUGGCUCUCUAACUACUUCCUCAAGCUGCGUUUGUCUUCACGAGACUUCCAGACCUUCGGCUUGUUUUCGAAGUGGGCCCCCUAUGUUGCCCACGUGAAGUCCUUCGUGGAGUAUCUCGUCAACCGGCUUGUAGACUCAGAAGCCGCCAGCUUGGCACGAGAGCCAGUGGGCAGUGAUGGCGUCCUGGCAGCUCUGCAGUCUUUGCAUUCAGUCCUUGCCCAACUCUUUACUCCUUGGAUUCUGGUUUUAGAACAAGAAGAUGCAAGCAAACAGCCCUGCUACCCAUGGCUGGAGAGUGACAUUCCUGUGGCUUCUCAUAUGGUGCAGUUAUAUGUAGACUGCAUAGGAGUUCUACACGAAAGUUUUAAAGAUAAGCUGUUGCCCAGCCACCAGGGGGCGCUGUGGCUCCACCUGAUGCACUACUGCCAGACCUGCGCAGCCCCCAGAAUGGCAGAGCACAUUCUCUACACCCUCCACACCGAAUUUGGCCGCCUUCCUUGGAAGGAAAUGCACCCGGACCAGCAACUUAUGGAAGAGUUUUUUAAAAUCGAAAGAGGCAGUCCCAAAAGCUGCUUUCUCUUCCUGGGCUCGGUUCUAUGUGAAGUCAACUGGGUCAGCGUCCUCUCGAACGCCUGGGAUCCCAGCCCGCCUCCAGAAACUCACAGCAUGAUCGUGUGUCUGCUUUACAUGGUGGUCUUGCUGGCAAAAGAAGAGCAGCUGGUAACCAAAGAGGAGUCUCCGCUGCUUAAUCUUCUGGGCCAGACCAGCUCCCUUCCAUGGCAGCUUGUCGGCAUUUUAUCCUAUCAGAGCAUCAUCGGCUACUUUAACAAUCACUAUCCUCCGUCUGUCAUCUUGGCGAAGGAGCCCGCGGCUGAACUGAUCGUCAGGCUUUUGAAGGUGUCUGCUGGCUUUGGCGCUUCAUCCGACGGCCACGUGCACCGUGACGUGACCCUCAAGUGCCAAGCCUACGUUCGCCAGAUGGUUCAUUUCCUCAGCAUCCUGGAGCAAAAUGGGAAAAUCAGCCUGUCUGUUCUGGAACAGGAGAUGUCCAAGCUACUAGAUAACAUUGUCCUCUUCAACCCUCCAGAUACGGACAUGCAGGCUCGCCACCUGGCCUUAAGCAGUCUCUUCACGGAAGCCCUGAUGAUGUUGAACAACGCCAGCGUUUCCACAGCCGAGUCUCUCCGGGUCGCUUUGCGGUGCUGGAUUGGGGCCACCGUGCGUGGCUUAGGGGUGAUGCCCCUCCUAACAGCUGCGUGCCAGAGUCUGGCGUCGGUCCGACACAUGGCAGAGACCACGGAAGCCUGCGUCACAGCCUAUUUUAACGAAAAUUCUCCGCUCAGCCAGGGUUUGGGCUGGGGCCCCAUCGUCGCUGCCUUGCAAGUUCCUGAGCUCACCGCUGAAGACUUCCUGCAAGAGUGCCUUUCCCUGGGAAGCUAUCUUACCCUCUAUGUCUUCACGCUGCAGCGGUUAAACUCCGAGCAGACCUUGGCCAACGAAAUGAGAGUACUGUUGACUCUGAGCAAGUGGCUGGAAGAAGUCUAUCCCAGCUCUGCAAAGGAUGAAGCCAAGCUGUUCCUUUGGUGGCACAAAGUCCUGCAGCUCUGCCUCCUCCAAACCGAGCAGGGCGACUCCAUCUUGAUGGAGGCGGUCAUCCGGACACUGAUGUCUUUACAAGGCAGGCAAGCCCUGCUGGCUGAAGAGAGGCUCACGUCCGGGAUACUCGGGGCUAUCGGCUUGGGCAGGAAAUCUCCUUUGUCAAACAGGUUUCGGGUGGUCGCUCGCAGUAUGUCAGCCUUCCUGUUGGUACAGAUUCCUAUGGAGAAUCAGAUCCGGCUGAGGUCUGGUGCAGAACUGCAGCUGUCCUCCAAAGCUCAGCAGGCUCUGCAUGCUGUGGACUCUCUCUCUUCGAACAAACACUAUGCGGCAUAUCAGGAGCAAAUCUCCCAAGCAUCCCAGUUUAUCAAGGACCCUCAGCGUUGCCUUUACGAUGGGGCCAACCUGCUGGCUAUCCUCCUCAACACAUUGUACCCAGAAGUGCAUUUCUUGGACGCGAUACGAUAGCAAUAAGCGAGCAUGGGACAGCCCGCGGCCGCAUUGGCUAAUCUGUUUACACUUGAUGUUGAUGUUGCACAUAUGAACUGUGGCUCACAGGGUUUUCUGUUACUCCCACGAUUCUUCUUCCUCAAAGGAGGAGUGGGGUGGAAGAGGAAGGGCUGACGUUGAAGACAGGCUUAUUUUUCACUCUCUUGGAGUUUCGUAGCUCUUCUUUGGAACCCGUUGGGAACCACUGGAGUUUCUGUGGAAGCAAACCAUUUCUGUAGCUGCUUGUGAAUAGCCUUAAUGGCCCAAUCCAGCAGGAACGUGUUCUGUGCCGGCCCCGUUGCUAUGAAGGUUUUUUCUUCCAACGGGGCUAAUGCAGGAGAACUUCUGCCGGGUUGAGUUAUCUGAAUCUGCAAAGUUCUUUGAAGGUUGGUGUGCACUGUUUGGAGAUCAUGCCGUUUAUCUUUGUACCUGUGUGUUUCCAGCACUUUUUCAAACUCAUUGCUUCUGUACCUCCCCACCCCUGGCUGUGAAAUUUGUGGGCCAAUACAGACUCAAGAGCCAUGUCCAGUCAGGAUUUUGGACCACGGCUGUUUUUUCCUUAGUCCUGUCUGCUAGAGCUGGAUGUUUGCGACUACUUCAUGCUGUAAAUGGGUCCUAUUGGCUUCUUCAAGAGAAUUAAACCUUCGACAUCUUUUUUGGCCUUCCCUGCAAAAAGAAGCUUGUUUAAUUAUUCAGUUUGUGUGUGUGUGUGUGUGUGUGUGUGUGUGCACAUGUCUGUAUGAGAAUGUAGAAAGAGUUUUUCUGUAUUACAAGUCCAAUUGUCCUUGUCAUGUGCUUGGAAUAAGUCACUCAUUUUCUUACUGCUUUCUGAGCAAGAAUAACUUUUUCCAGAUUUCAGCUACCUGGUGAGGACAGCACUUUAUUGAUUAUUAGAGGGUCCUUGAGGAACACUGUGAUAUGCCUUUCAUGAUUAGGCUGCAUAUGAUGGCAGGUUUUUGAGGACUGCAGGAUUCCUCUGGCUUGAAAAUGGAGCUCUGUGCCACUUGGAAGCUUGCUACUCUUUUUUAAAAAUAACAUCAUCCAAAUAAUUUUGGAUUCUCUCCACCAAUAGCCCCAAAUGAGUUUGUAUUCAGUUGCCCUUUUGUUCCAAACAAAGUAGUCUCUGUUGAGAUCCUCCAGGAAAUUUCAUAGAAAUCAGUGGGAUUUAGGUAAGGUAAAGGUAGUCCCCUGUGCAAGCGCCGAGUCAUUACUGACCCAUGGGGGGAUGUUGCAUCAUCACGACGUUUUCUUGGCAGACUUUUGAUGGGGUGGUUUGCCAUUCCCUUCCCCAGUCAUCUACGCUUCACCCCCAGGAGACUGGGUACUCAUUUUACCGACCUUGGAAGGAUGGAAGGCUGAGUCAACCUUGAGCCAGCUACCUGAACCCGGCUUCCACCAGGAUUGAACUCAGGUGAGCAGAGCUAGGACUGCAAUACUGCAAUUUACCACUCUGCACCACAGGGGUCUAUUUAUUUUUAUUUUUAGGUAAAUGCCAUUAGGGACAAGAUUGAGAGUCUUUUGCAAGAAGAGACUAGCGUUUCCUGUCCUUCUACCACACAGACUUCAGGUGACUCCCUAGAAUGGUCCGUCCAUUUCAGUUGGAUUGUCAUGAUAAAAAGGAUUGAUGAAAUGCUUUGUAAUCUUUUUGCUUGCCACCGUGUCUUCCUUGGGCUUCUAAGACAGAUUUCGUGAUUAAUCAGUUUCCAAUUGCUGCCUUUGGGUUCCUUUUAUAAGACAGGUACCCAGCAUAUUCAAAUACACACAGCCCUAGAUGUCAUCCAUCAAGCACAACUGCUACAAUUUUGAGGGGAUGGGAAGACAUAACCACCUAAACCCUCCAAAAACGAAGGAGGGGCUGAUUUAGCAUUGCUUUGCUGGCCAUACAACCCAGGUCUCCUUUUAUAAUUUGUUCUGCCUGCUCGUUUCUUUGGAAUGUAUUCUGUCCUAAUUAAAAAAAACACACACAACUUUUCUAAGUCCAUCAGUAAAUUGAGAACAUUGUUACUGUUAGCAGAGCAAAUCUACAGCCUGCAACUCAAGAUCUUUGCAAGUGGGAGCUACGGAGUCUGUCUUGUUAAUUGCAUUUCCUGAUGUAUAGGGUUGGCCCCUUUGGUUGGUGCUCUAGGAAAAACCAUAAUGGGGAUAAAAAUUUACAUUUUCCUACUUUGCUUCAGGAAGAGGAAGAACAGAAAACUUCUGAAACACUUCUUGUAUUUUGCUCAGUAUUGUUGCGGUGGUGGGGGGAAGCCCUGUGAAAAUGCAGAAACGUUAGGUGUGUGUUUGGCCUGAUAAGUUUUCAUACGGAAGCUAUUGACUUGGAUGUGGUUUUACAGAAUGUGUGUUUUUAAUGGUUUGUUAUCUGCAUGGAUCAUGCAAAAUAAACUAUAAGAAUUGCAUACCA